AAUAAAAAAUAGCAGCAAUUAUCUUCUUUUUAUUUCUCACUUACUAGCUAUCAAACAUUUGUUUUAAAAAUUUACUAUUCUUAAAACUCAGACUCAAUCUAUUUGUCGCCACUAUCAAUUCAUCUCCUUUGCAAAUUCCAAUUUUUCUCUGUCUGUCUGAGAGAAAUGAGAAUAAAAUAGUGAGUGAGUGAGUGAGUGAACAGCUGUCUGUAUCUGAGAUUCGAAACGGAAGGGUCCUCAAAGCAAAAUUGUCUUUACCCACAAAACUUGCCCACUGAAACUUGAUAAAUACAUAUGCUGUUUACUGCUUUACAUUAAUUAGUUUCAUGGGUUUCUAACUAAUUCAUUCCUCUCCACUUUGUUCUUUUUUUUUCUUUCCUUUUGCAAAACUCAGUUAGGUGUGUUUGUCCGACCCCUGUGCAUAUCAAGCGUCAUGUUGGAGGAAUCGUAUCAUGUUUCAAGGGACUUGCCUUGUGCGUGCGAGCAAGCGAGCAAGUGGAUAUACUAUGCUUUCCAAGUUAUUGAACACUCAAAGGGAAAGCGUCCUUUGGAGGAUGUAGCAGACACUGGUUUGAGGAAGUCAUCCAAGCUGCUUGAUGACCAAGAGAAGGAAGAAGCCAUGCAGUGCCUUCACGAUCUUUCGCUCUGUCAAGAAGAACACUCAGAUAAGCAGAAGAAUAGUGGCACUCACUCUGAUUCAAGCUCUUUAAUCCACCAAAUUGGGCGAGACCUUUCAGUAAAUUGCCUGCUUCAUUGCUCAAGGUCAGAUUACGGGUCAAUUGCUUCAUUGAACCAGAGCUUUAGGUCUUUAAUUCAGAGUGGAGAACUGUAUAGGCUGAGGAGACAAAUGGGUAUUGUAGAACAUUGGGUUUAUUUCUCUUGCAACCUCCUUGAGUGGGAGGCCUUUGAUCCCAUUCGCUCUAGGUGGAUGCAUUUGCCGGCGAUGACAUCAAAUGAAUGCUUCAUGUGUUCUGACAAGGAAUCACUGGCAGUUGGUACUGAACUUCUUGUAUUUGGAAAGGCAAUAGAGUCUCAUGUCAUCUACAAAUACAGCAUCCUGACCAACUCAUGGUCAUCGGGUAUGAAGACAAACACACCUAGGUGCCUUUUUGGCUCUGGAAGCCUCGGGGAAAUUGCAAUUGUAGCAGGCGGUUGUGACUCAAGGGGCAAUAUACUAAGCUCUGCUGAGCUUUAUAAUUCAGAAACAGGAACAUGGGAGACUCUGCCAAGCAUGAAUAAACCAAGAAAAUUGUGUUCUGGAGUAUUCUUGGAUGGGAAGUUCCAUAUAAUUGGUGGGGUUGGUGUUGGCAAUUUAAAUGUACUUACUUGUGGUGAAGUGUAUGAUUUCAAAGCAAGGUCUUGGACAGAGGUACCUGAUAUGUUCCCAGCACGUAACAGAGGAGCUGUAGCUAAUGAUGCUCCUGCAAUAGCUAAGGCACCUCCACUCUUAGCAGUUGUGAAGAAUGAGUUAUAUGCUGCUUAUUAUGCUGAAAAUGAAGUUUGGAAAUAUGAUAAGCAAAGAAACUUAUGGAUUACUAUAGGAAGAUUGCCGGAACAGGCGACCUCUAUGAAUGGUUGGGGGCUAGCAUUUAGGGCAUGUGGAGAUCAGCUCAUUGUUAUUGGAGGACCUAGGGCGUUAAAUGGGCGAUUCAUUGAGAUUAAUUCUUGGGAACCAACAGAAGGUGCACCAAAUUGGAAUUUGUUAGGGAGAAAACAUUCAGGAAGUUUUGUUUAUAAUUGUGCAGUGAUGGGUUGCUAAGGUGUCUUAUUUUGGUUAGGUGUACUAAAAUCUGUAUGAUCUCCUCUCUUCAUACAGAUUCUCAAACUCACUUGUUUACUUUUUGAUCUUUUGGCUGGAAAAUUGUAUCAUUAUCAAUUGGUUAAUGCGGAAUAUUCAUAAUGUGUAGAAGUGACAUACAGCAAUAAGUUGAAGCAGAGGUAAGGUUCUAGUUUGCCAUGAAGAUUUGAUAUAUGACUGCAAACAGAAUUGAAUCAGUGUUGUAAAUUGAUAAUUUGAAUUUCAUAUAUAUUUUCAGUUUUUCUUUCUUCCGUGAAGCUGUUCACUUUGAGCUUAUGUAUUAUAUUUCCUCCUUUCUAGCAUUU